AUGAAAAUUCUCACUUCUUCUCCAGUUCCUGAAGAUUUGGUCAAACCAGAUUUGGAACAUCAAAAAGUUGAGAGAAAACUAUCGAGAACUACAGUACCUGUUAGCUCGAAAACAUUUGCUAAAGUUAUGAAAGAUAUCGAUACAUUCAUUUUUGAUGCUGAUGGUUAGUUUAUUCAAAGAUUUCCAUAGAUUUUGAAACUUAUAAUUGAAUUUCAGGUGUUUUAUGGCUUGGUGAAUCAGUAAUGCCAGGAUCUCCAAAACUCAUUGAUUAUUUGAUCAAAAAUGAUAAACAAAUAAUUGUUUUGACAAAUAAUGCAACAAAAUCACGAGAAGUUUAUGCAAAAAAAUUGGCAAAAUUGGGAUAUAAUUCAAAAGUAAUGAACAAGGAUAAUUUGGUAAAUCCAGCAGCAGUUGUAGCAGAUACAAUUAAAAGAAGUGGAAUGAAUUUGAAAGAUAAAAAAGUAUAUUUAAUUGGAGAACAAGGUUUGAGAGAUGAAAUGGAUGAAUUGGGAAUCGAAUAUUUUGGACAUGGAAAUGAAGAAAACAAAAAAGAAAUUACUGAAGAUAAUGGAGCAUUUAUUUAUGAUAUCAAAUUGGAAAAUAAUGUUGGUUGUGUUGUUGUUGGAUAUGAAAAACAUUUCAAUUAUUUGAAAAUGAUGAAAGCUGCAAAUUAUUUGAAAGAUGAUAGUGUAUUAUUUAUUGCAACAAAUGAAGAUGAAACAUAUCCUGGACCAAUUGCUCAUGUUAUAAUACCAGAUGCUGGUCCAAUUGUUGCAUCAAUUAAAUGUGUUUCUGGAAGAGAACCAAUUACUGUUGGUAAACCAUGUACUCCUGCAUUUAAAUAUAUUCAAAGAAAAUGGAAUAUUAAUCCAUCAAGAACUAUGAUGAUUGGUGAUCGGUUAGUUUUUCACUUUUUUCAUUUUUUAAAUCUUUUUAUUAUUUAUAUUUUUACAGAACAAAUACUGAUGUUAAAUUUGGAAGAGAUCACGGUUUAAAAACAAUGCUUGUUUUAUCUGGUUGUCAUCAAAUUGAAGAUAUUGUCGAAAAUCAAAUGAAUGAUCGUGAUGAUAUGGUUCCUGAUUAUGUUGCAACUUGUUUGGGAGCACUUGUUCCUCAUGAACAUCCAGUUGUUUACUACUAA